AUGGGUGAUUCUCUCCCUGAAUGUAGAUUAAAUGAAAUGGAAGGAAAUGAAUUGGAUGGUAGUGAGGUAUAUGGUGAAGACGAAGUAGGUGUGAAUUCUCCGGCUAUGAAUUUUGUUUUCACACAAGAUGAUGCAAAUCUGGAGCCUUUUGUUGGAAUGGAAUUCAAAUCAAUGGAACAAGCGUAUUUUUUUUAUAAUGAAUAUGCUAGGUCUAUAGGAUUUGGCACUUUGAAGAAAAAUACUCGUCAAUCUAGCUGGAAUGGAGAAUUUGUCGAUGCAAAUUUUGCUUGCACUAGAUCUGGAAGAAAGAGAAAGUCAACUGGAGUCAGAAAGGACCGGCCUUGUCAUAAGACAAAUUGCAUGGCUGGCAUUCAUGUGAAAAGAAAAGAAAAUGGGCAAUGGGUUCUAGUUGGUUUCAUUAAAGAGCACAACCAUAAUCUUGUUCCAGCCAAUACACAAUACUUUCGAAGUCACAAGAAAAUAGAUCCAAUUACUAAAAACAACAUUGGUAUCUUGCAAGCCUCUGGAGUACAGACAAAUAAUUUUUUUGCUCUGUUGUCUAAACAAUGCAUUAGUUGCCAAAAUGUCAGUUGUCUUGAGAAAGACUUUAGGAUUCAAAUUGAUAAAGAUAAACGUUUACCUAUAGACACAGAGGAUGCUCAAGUGCUGCUUGAACAGUUUAUUUGUAUGCAAGAAGAGAAUCCUAGCUUCUUUUAUGCCAUUGACUUGAAUGAUGAACAACGCCUGCGGAAUGUGUUUUGGGUGGAUGCAAAAAGCAGGCAUGAUUAUAUCAAUUUUGGGGAUGUAGUGUGUUUUGAUACUACCUAUGUCACAAACAAAUACAAGAUCCCAUUUGCUCCUUUUAUAGGAGUGAAUAAUCACUUCCAGUCCACAUUGCUUGGUUGUGCUUUAAUUGCUGAUGAGUCUACAACGACAUUUAUUUGGCUAAUGCGAACAUGGCUUAGAGCAAUGGGUGGGAUAGCUCCUAAAGUGAUAAUAACUGACCAGGAUAAGGGCAUGAAAGCAGCUAUUGAGGAAGUCUUUCCAAUUGUACAUCAUCGACACUGUUUGUGGCAUAUAUUAGGAAAGAUCCCUGAGAAGCUUGGUCUUGUAACCAAGAGGCACACAGAUUUUAUGACCGAGUUUAAUAAGUGCAUUUAUAGAUCGUGGAAAGAAGAAGAAUUUGAAAGUGAAUGGGAGCAACUGCUCAACACAUUUCAACUUAGAGAUGAUGAGUGGCUUAAGUCAUUGUAUGAUGAUCGCAGACAUUGGGUGCCAGCUUAUAUUAGAGAUACCUUUUUUGCUGGGAUGGUUACUGCAUCACGGCCUGAAAGUGUUAUUUCUGUUUUUGACAAAUAUGUGCAGAAGAACACCACAUUGAAAGAAUUUGUUGAUCAAUACAAAGUCACUCUUCAGAAUAUGUAUAAAGAUGAAACUGAUGCUGAUUUUUCUACAUGGCAUGGAACGCCUGCAUUGAGGUCUCACUCACCUUAUGAGAAGCAAAUGUCGAAAAUCUGUACUCAUGAAAUUUUUAAGAAGUUUCAACUUGAGGUUAUGGGAAUAAUUGCAUGCCACAUAAGAAAGGAGAAAGAAGAUGGGGCCACCACAACAUUUAGGGUUCAAGACUUUGAGGUGCAAGAAGAAUUCAGAGUGGAUUGGGAUGAAAAAAAUCAGAGGCAUGCAAUGGUUGUUUUCCAUCAUGCAGCUGUGCCUGAAAUCCCAUCUCACUACAUAUUGAAGAGACGGACAGUAGAUGCAAAGAGCAAUUACUUCACAGGGCGGAGAACAAUUGAAGUGCAAUCUAAGGAGCAACGCUACAAUGAUUUAUGUCAGCGGGCAUUGAUUUUUUUUGAAUAUGGGUCAUUAUCGCACGAGAGCUACAAUGUUGCAAUCUGUGCGCUGGAAGAAGCUACUAAUGAAUGUCUGGCUGUGAAUAACUCUAUUAAAGAGGCUACAAAGCCUCAUGAAUCAGGAGGAGCUAAAAAGGCUUUGAAGGGUGGUGCAGAUAAGAAGAGAAAGAGAGACAAUGCCAAUCAAAAGUCAAAUGAACAGUUGAGCACAAGCUUGGCAAUUUAUGAUGGUUGUGAUCAGACACAACAACGAAUGGAAGAGCAGGAAUCAGCAUUAGGUGGACAGGAUAGGGUGACAUUGGCAGCCUCUCAUCAUGUGCAACAGAGAAUGGAAGUGGAUACUGUAGUGGCCCGUUAA